AUAUACGUUGUGUCUACUAAGUCUAUAUCAACAUUGGUAGCAGAGGAUGGUUUGAAGAUGGCUGCGAACUACAGAGUACCGCCGAAGUUUGACGAAACCAGGCCGUAUGAAUGUUGGAAAAAUGAAGUUAACAUAUGGGCACGAGUUACCGAACUCGACAAGAAGAAGCAGGCGCUUGCUGUGGCUUUGGGUCUGGAAGGACGAGCCAAGGAUAUCGCUAUGGAGAUACCAGCAGACGACUUGGACAAAGACACUGGUAUGGCGACAUUACUAGCAAAACUGGACGGUGUGUUUCAGCAAGAAGAAAAGGACCGCGCGUACGAAGCGUAUUACCAGUUUGAUCGUUUAAUGAAAGACAGUUCCGUUUCAAUGGCAGACUACAUAAUUGACUUUGAGCAGCGAUACAACCGAAUUAAAAAGUACGACAUGGCGCUUCCAGAUGCUGUGUUAGCCUUCAAGUUGUUGGACACGGCCUGCCUCGAUGAGAAAAACAGACAACUUGCACUAACGGCGUGCCCCGACCUAAAGUUUGCGUCCAUGAAGUCGGCACUCAAGCGGAUUUUUGGAGCGAAAACGGCGCCAGGUUUGUCGCACGGGAUUCAACUAAACCAAGAUGCAGCUUUCUUCACUGAACAACGACAACGACAAGGACAGGGAAGACGGAACACGUUUCAACAGAAGAGUGAAAGGACACCGUUGCCGGGCACCAACCCAUUGGAUAAGUUCGGUAAGCGUUCAAGAUGUGCCGUUUGUCAAAGCACAUUUCAUUGGGCCAAGGACUGUCCUUACAAGAAGAACGAACAAGUAAGACUAACAGAAGACGAAAAUGUAGAAGAAGUUAACAUAACGUUGUUGACAAAUGACCCUAUGUCUGACGCUGAGAUUUUCAUAACUGAAUCCCUGGGAUCAGCCAUCAUAGACACGGCAUGCACUCGUACAGUAUGUGGGGAGAAAUGGCUUGACAGUUAUGUUAGUUGUCUCAGUCAAGAGCAGACAGACAAAAUGAUGAGGACAGAAAACACCAGUUCAAGACCAUUUCGUUUUGGAGAUGGCAACUUAGUAUAUUCCACCAGAAAAGUGAAACUACCUGCCAAAAUAGGACAAACAAAAUGUCACAUUGAGACAGAAGUGGUCAACGCUGACAUUCCACUGCUGCUGAGUAAGUCCUCACUGAAGAAGGCAGGAACUGUUUUAGAUAUGGAGAAUGACAGAGCAGUGAUGUUUAAACAGCAGAUUCCUCUUGAGUUCACCAGCUCAGGACACUACUGUGUGGACAUAAGAGACAAAAACAGCACAACACAGCAAAUGAAAGAUGACGUGAUACUUGCAGCGACAGCUGAAGAUGAAGUCCUGACAGUGACAGAAAACAUGUCUUCAGCCGAAAAGCGCAAAAUCCUUCUCAAGCUACACAAACAGUUUGGCCACGCAUCUGCAGACAGGCUGCAGAGGCUAAUUCAAAGCUCGGGUAAUAAAGACAAGGACUGCCUCACUAUUUUGCAACAAAUAGUGCAUGAUUGUGACAUAUGUCAGAGAUACAGCAAAGCGAAGCCGAGGCCAGCUGUUGGUCUGCCUCUAGCUACCGAAUAUAAUGAGACGGUGGCGGUGGACCUGCAUGAGUUGGAGCCAGGAGUGUGGUAUCUACAUGUGAUCGACCAAUUCACCCGGUUCAGUGCAGGAAGCAUUGUGAAGACAAAGAAGGCCUCUGAAAUGGUCAACGCCCUCAUCCACACAUGGAUAAGUGUUCACGGCCCUCCUCGUAUUUUGUACAGCGACAACGGUGGAGAGUUCAAUAAUGAAGAGUUUCGUGACAUGGCCGAAAACUUCAACAUCGAGACGAGGACAACAGCAGGAUACAGUCCCUGGAGCAACGGGCUGUUGGAGAGACACAAUCAGACUCUCACCGACAUCCUACUGAAGUGAUGCCUCGCUGGGAAACUUGCCUGAUGGAGGUACUCAAGGAGGGACAUUGAUCACUCUCAUGGGGGAAAACGGGAAGUUUUCUCCUCUCUGUUGGCAAUCUAAGAGGAUCAGGCGUGUGGUGCGGAGCACCCUUGCGGGAGAGACACUCGCUAUGUCGGAUGGAAUAGACAAUGCUAUUUUCCUUUCUACUCUUUUUUCGGAGCUCACUACUGGGACCACCAAAUUAAAUGCUCCCACGUUGGUCUGUGUGACUGACAAUCACUCUCUUUAUGAUGCCCUUAAGUCCACUAAACAGGUCACAGAGAAGAGACUUCGGUUGGAUAUAAGCGGGAUCAAGGAGCUCAUUCAGAGUAAAACAAUCAAAAAGGUGCUCUGGUCAGUGACAAAAGCCCAACUAGCUGACUGUCUGACGAAAAAGGGGGCAUCAUCCCUAGUGCUCUUGAAAGCACUAUGUGAAGGACUGUGGAAUCCACCCUAAUUGGAAUUCACCCUAAUUGUUGUUUAAAAAAAAAAAAAAAAAAAAAAAAAAACACAGGCGAGAAUGCUGAUUGUAUUUUGUUAUUUUUCUUGAAUGUUUUUCAAUUGCCUUUUCCCUUGUUGCACUUGGCUUUUGUUUUUCUUAUUUUAAAGAAAGAAGAGGGAGAUUGUUAACGUGUGUUGUUCUCCAAUGAACACUUUACGACAGUUUUAUGUUCCCCUUUACGGCUAUUCAUGCUGGAGGCGGGGCAGUGGGGGCUGCUGGGAUAUGGCACAAAAUGGAGGGAACUAUGUUGACAUGUUGGCUGCCUCAGU